AUGUCGAAGCACCAGUUCGACCUAGUAGUGUGUCUGAAGCAGCCAGGCUCGCAUCUGGGCGUGCUCUGCGACAAAUGCGACGGUCGGUGCCCCGUUUGCGACUCGCACAUCUUGAACACGCAACACAAGAGGGCGAUCCAUAAAGUCAAGAUCUGCGAAAGUUGUGCGUUCGGUAAAUCGGGCACCAAGUGCAUUAUCUGCGGCAUGGCGAAUGCACACAACACGGCGUACUACUGCUGGGAGUGCUCCCGGCAAGAGAAGAGCAAAGACGGCUGCCCGAAGGUGCUUAACACGGGGUCCAACACCGUCGAUAGACACUUUGAGCUAAAGAACGCCAAAGUGUGA